CACUGAGGCUUGCCGCGAUCUCUGUUUAAGGACUCUGACUAAAUAAGACUGCCAGCCGCCCUCGCGCACUUCCUCGUUUCCACCGCUUCAACCUCCUCCUUCUCCUCCUCCACCUCUUCUCCUUCCCUCCCCCUCCUGUCUCUCCUCAAGACAGAAUCCAUAUCAUGUCACCUCUCCGCUUGCGAAUAGACGGCGCCACAUUUCGAGACAACGAGAACCGGGUUGUGACGCUCCACGGCAUCAACGCUGCGGGCGACGCGAAAUUUCCUGCCAAUCCAGAUCAACCUUCACACAUACCAGAGGGCUUCUUCGAUGCCGACCAUGUCUCCUUCGUUAACAGGCCGUUCUCCGUAGACGAUGCACCGACGCACUUUGCACGAUUACGCGGCUGGGGUUACAACACUAUAAGAUAUAUCUUCACAUGGGAAGCCAUAGAACACGAGGGUCCGGGAAAAUAUGAUGAAGAGUGGAUACAACAUACCAUCUCCAUUCUCCGAGUGGCGAAGGGAUAUGGAUUCUAUAUCUUCAUGGAUCCUCAUCAGGAUGCUUGGUCACGAUUCUCCGGUGGCUCAGGAGCCCCAUUAUGGACACUCUAUGCCUGCGGGUUGAACCCCAGAUUCUUCGACGUCACCCAAGCAGCCCUUGUACAAAAUGUCGUUCCGGAACCAGACAAGUAUCCCAAGAUGAUAUGGGCGACCAACUACACACGUUUCGCCUGCCAGGUGAUAUUCACGCUAUUCUUCGCAGGCAGGGACUUCGCACCGAAGGCGAUCAUUGAUGGGAAGAAUAUCCAGGACUACCUAGAAGAGCAUUUCUUCGGCGCAUGCGAGCAUCUGGCGAAGCGAAUCCACGAAGCUGGCGACAUCUGGCACGACCCCGUCGUCGGAUGGGAGAGCUUGAACGAACCGAAUAAAGGCUUGAUUAGCCACCAGGACUUGACCGUCAUCCCCAGCGAGCAAAAGUUGCAGAAGGGGACCUCUCCCACUGCUUGGCAGGCGAUACUUACCGGAUCGGGUAGAGCUUGCGAGGUCGAGACGUGGGACUUUGGGGCUAUGGGACCGUACAAGUCUGGCACAGUUCUAGUAGACCCUGAAGGCAAGCAAGCAUGGCUUUCUGCGGAUUCCGACGAUACGAAAUACGGAUGGAAGCGUGAUCCAGGAUGGAAAUUGGGCGAGUGCCUCUGGGCGCAACACGGCGUAUGGGACCCCGCGACCGAUACGGUAUUACGAAAGGACUACUUUGGCAAACACCCAAAGACUGGCGCCAAAGUCGAUUACGAAUACUUUGUGAAUAAUUACUGGCUGGGCCAUUACCGCAAGUAUAGUGCUAUGGUCAAGAGGAUCUUCCCGGACUCGUUGAUGUUUUUCCAACCACCAGUACUUGAGAUCCCUCCCAACGUGAAGGGAACCCAGGACGAUGAUCCAAACAUGAUUUUCUCGCCACACUUUUACGACGGCAUUACGCUACUUACGAAGAAAUGGAAUCGGGUAUGGAAUAUUGAUGUUUUCGGCGUUUUGCGAGGCAGAUACCUCACACCAGCUUUCGCGAUCAAGAUUGGUGAAACUGCCAUUAGGAAUUGUUUUGCUGCCCAGCUCAGGGCAAUACGCGAGGAAGGAGAAAAAUACUUGGGUGUGCAUCCGUGUGUGUUUACUGAGAUCGGUAUACCCUACGACAUGGACGAUAAGUAUGCGUAUCGCACCGGCGAUUACAGCAGCCAGAUUGCGGCACUAGAUGCCAACCACUUUGCGCUUGAAGAGAGUAAUGCGAACGGCUUCACUCUUUGGACUUAUGUUGCAACGAAUAACCAUUACUGGGGAGAUCAAUGGAACGGUGAAGACCUUUCCAUCUACUCUGUGGACGACAAAGCGCUUCCCCCGGGUGCAUUCACACUCGCCGAUUCACGGGCGUCAUUGGACACAGGUUCGCCAUCAUUUUCCCAAGCACAAGCCUCGGAUACACUCAGUGUCUCUCCUGGCAACCUUAAGAAGACGUUGACUGCGGAGAACAUGAGUUCUCAAUCCAAUGGCGGCGAUGUCCGGGGUUUGCGUGCAGCGGAAGCUUUUGUACGUCCGACUCCAGUGGCUACUCAUGGACUGCUCAAGUCGUUUGGAUUCGAUUUACGCAACAGUACGUUCAAAAUUGCGCUCACAGCGCCAAGUCCAACCAAAGAGGAUGCGCCCACGGUGGCAUUCCUGCCCGAGUUCCACUUCCCCAAUGGACAGACGAGUGUGGAGGUAUCUGGGGGCAAGUGGACUAUUACAGUUGAAGAGUCGGAAGGAGUGGAGCAGCAGAUCCUCAGGUGGUGGCAUGCGGAGGGAGAUCAGACGAUUACCGUAAAGGGAGUAGUGCGGAAGACGGGCGCCGGAUCAGGAACAGAAGAGGACGAGGGCUACCUCCGACAAUGCCAGAAGAAUGCAUGCGCGGUCAUGUGAGCAAGCGAGCAAGCAGGAUAUCAUCUCUUUUCGGUCAUGUUUCUCUCUCAGUGUUGAUGGGGUUUCAUCCUAGCUAUUAUGGCCCCAAUGUGGGGGAAUGUUAGGCGUUCUAUGGAGUUCGGCUCGGGGCUGAUUAGGGACAUUUGGUCAGCAUAUAGUUGCAUGAUGUUCAGUUCUUGGGUGGGAGGGGUUUCUACAGGACAAGCAUAAACAAAUACGAGGUGCGGCGCAGUAGUCUUCUUCUCAAUGUGUUUAGCCAAAUCGACUAGAUCAUGAUCUUGCAUAACAAUAAUGAUCAUUAUGUUCGCGAUCGACAAUAGCA